UAAAGCGCAUUUCUAGCAGGUCUGGUUACCGUUGUGUCAACCAGUUAAAGCGUGCUUUUAUAGUUAAAUCUUGUUCUAUCUGUGAGCAUAACAGAUAGCUUUACCCGUGUUAACCAAGACGUAUCUUUGAACACACACUAUAUUUUACAUAUUGAUAUAAAUUAUCAACAAGGAAGAAGAAAACUGACAGUUUUGUCUUAUGUAAGAAGGCGGAUAAAUUACUGUUCUCUUUGGGAUUCAAAUGCACGUUUUCACAUUUUGUUAAGCUGAUAUUUCCUGAAGUGAAGUGUACACUUAAUACAAGGAAGUAUAUAGGAAUCAGAGGCGUAUGGAAUAAAAUGUCAUGAAAACUGCUUGAAGUUUAAUGUGUCGAAUAUUGGUUUUAAAUAUUAAAAGGCAUGUGAAAUGACACUGAGGACUAUUUCGGAAAAUCAGUUAUACAUACAGUGUGGACAUGAGUGUUACCGCUGACGUCAUGAACUGGUCGAGCGCCUCCUACAGACUCGAUGAAUUAGAGCGGAAGUUCUCAUUCCCGUGCGUCGUGCGACUCGCCGAAGGCUUUUGCUCCGACAGUGAAUCGGAAGGGUUCUCUAAAGAUGACAUCAUCGGAAUAGACAGCAAGUUGGUUUUACACAAGGUAGCAGCACACUUCUCGAAAAGGCUAUCUGGCAUACGACCGACUAAAAGCGAGUAUGAUUUCGGGUAUAAGCGCUUAAGCGAAGAGAUUUUGGUUCCCUUAAAUUACAAGGGAAAGGCGAAAGUCCAGACAUGCACUGGGAAGACGUAUACGACAGUUACAGGUCUAAUUGCCGACUUUCCGCGCUUUGCGAAGAUCUGCAGGACACUGAAAGCAUACUCGGCUGACGAUCAGCCGAUGGACUUACCCGGAGGAACAACAAUUGAACUGGACCGUAUCUUACCAGGAAGGGACACAAAACCGGACGUUUUGUGCAUUAAAUUUAACGUUUCCGGUAAGCCGACGUACGCCAAGGUGGCCGUUACUGAACGCGCUGAGAUCCGAUGCGAGUCGGAUGAGACUGAGUAUACGAUAAAAGAAGUCAUUGACAGAUUCAAAAUGCCGCAAAUCGUGAAAUUCGUUGACGAUGAUAUUCGCAAGGUUUACACACAAGACUUGGUGGAGGGCAUUGAAAACAUGCGGACAAUCACAGAAACGCUACAACUGAAUCGACUGGUUACCCAAAACGUCCUCGUUGGUCAUUACAAGGCCGUAGAAGGGAUGGAGACAGUCGACACAGACAGUUACAGAAAGCGUACACUGGUAGUCCUGCCCUUGGACCAUCCGGAUAUCCGUGAAAUUGAGGUGAACGUUUUGGAGGACGACGGCGAUAUUUCAGAAAUCUAUGAGAAAGUGUUUAAUGUUUCCAACAUCUCGAGUUCGCACGAAGUUGUGGAUACAAUAUACGUCGAGUUCUGUAAAGAUACUCCUUCUCCAAAAAUGUUCAAGCUUGAUACGCCGGUUACAGCCCAUCACAAGCCAACUGUUCCAGAAGAAGUGCCACCAAGGCCUCCGCCGCGACCCGGACAACCUGGUCUCUCGUCAGGUGCGCCCCAAGAAGUACGUCGAAAAGCCAACCGUGUUGAAAAACGAACUGUCCAACCCCCAGUUAUUGAGAAGGAUGACCAACCACCCGCGUUGCCAUCCAGGAAUCCACAGAAACCUAAAACUGAUGAUAAAUCUGCAGAAAUAACAGGUACUUACUACAACUCUCAGCAACCGAUAGUCCACGAAAGUGCGCCUGUUAAGGCUGAUGACUACGAAAUACCGGAGGAACCGAAACACGCUCCAAACUUGUCAAAGGAGCAGCCUGCACACGUGGUAUCGCCCCCUGGUUUUGACCUUGCCUCCAUGUAUUCUUCUACUAGUGAUGCCUAUAAUUUCAAAGAAGGAAAAGAGAAAGCGCACAAAGGGAUAUUCAAGCAAGUCGCAAAUUUUGUGAGAAAAAAAGAAACAUCCCCAGUAAAGCCAAUGACAGCCAACGAAACACCUAAUAAUCGCCAAGACUAUGAUGAUAAUUGCGUGCAUUACGACGAGGUUAAAGAAGAGGACAUGCUAGAUAAGAAGACGGGCCUGAAGAAGGGCGCCGCAAAGGCUGCUGCGAAUACUGCCAUUGUCAAACCGAUGACAUCGAAGGGUUCAAUGGCGCAGAGUAGCCAAUCAAAAGUAAAGCCGUUCAUCGAGCUUAACUGCAGCGAACUCGUUGAAAGAUUGAAUCUGUGUAAGAUGUAUGCCUUGGCGAAGGAAUGUGAGGAAGGCCGAUUAGACGGCGGGUUCUUCAAGUCUCUUACAUCUAGCGAUCUGGAAUCGGCACUUCAUUUGCAGAAACUAGAUGUAUUGAAGCUUUUACAAAUGAGGGACAAAAAUUGGAUUCCCAAUGACUGAAAUUAGUAUUGCGAAACUUUGAGUACAGUCAAAUUUAGAGUCGGUAUUGAUUAGCUACAAGUCUAUGUACCGCUUUUUAUAAUCCAGACAUAAAACAGUGAGCAUAGAGUUGAUUCGUAAAAAGACUAAAUGUAGCGCAUAUACAAAGUAUUAAUAUUCCCAUAAUUUGUUACUUUGAUUAAAUCAACUAAUUAGGCAA